AUGAUAUCCACCGUCCCCAAAGCCCGCAGAUCCAUCGUGAACGAUCUCACGGUCACCCCAGACACAUGGGCUCACUACCCAUCUAUCGAGCGUUCGAACAUCAAGUCAUGCGUUUUCACCAGCCUUUCGUCAUCCACUUACAUCCGCCACUCACAGCUUAAAGGCGUGCAAAUCUUCUCGGAACAUGGCAAAAGCAGCUAUAUUGAACAUUGUGACCUAGGCUCCUGCUCUAUAUCUGAUAGCCACGUCGAGCGAUGCUGUCUGCGUGCAACAAGUGUGUCCGACGACAGUCACCUGGAGCACUCGAGCGCUUCAAGGACCAAAUUUCUUGGUGCAGGGCAUGUUGAACAUUCAAAUUUUCAAGAAAGCAAGGUGAGGAACAGGGCUGCGGUGAUAAGGAGCGAGAUCAAGCAAUGCGAUCUGGCAGGUGAUAGCCAUGUAGAGAAUAGUAUCCUAAACCAGGUAACUCUAAAGAAUAGCAUGGUCGAAGGUGUGAUCCUCGUCGACUGUGACAUUAAAGAUUGUCAGAUAUCUCGGACAAGACUUUCUGGCAUGAUGCUUCGAUAUGGAAUCUGGAAUGACGGCAGACUUGUCGGCAGUACAAGCAGUCAGCACGAAGCGGUUGCAAUGCCUAUAGCCGAAUGGAGAGUCAGGCAGGAGCAGGAUGCCAAAGCUUGGAGGCAAGAUGAGCAGUGUAUUGCUGCUGGGUUAUUGGCAGCUUCUGCAUCAAUAGCGCCCAGUCGAGACCAGCAUUUAAGGGCCACCCACACACUACACAAUUUACCUCGCCGUGAAUGUGCCCCUCCGUCGUACGCAUCUUUGCAGGCUCAAGAGGCGCCGAAUACUUUUGAAAGAGGGCUCACACCCCCCUCGCCAUCGUCUGAUGGCUUUUCUGACACAACGGAACUUCUAGACAGUAAUGCGGAAGAAGUCCAUCCCCAGAGCCCAGAAAAGGAGAGGCCACCUCCGCCAUAUUGGCCCUGA